AUGUGUAGCAGUUGCCCCGAAGUCUCGUCAACACAUAAUUUACAUAACGUCGGUGUCGUACGAUCAAGAAAGGCUAAGAUGCUGGCUGAAUGGAAGCCGCCAGUCUACGACAAUGAAAGUGGUAUAACUCUGGUGACAGCAACAACACGCCGUAAUUCACCUAAUAAUUUCGAUUCAAAAAUUCACCACAACAACCUUCUUAACAACAUUCUUGCCAAGGUAGAAGGGAAUAAUUCACAGGCUGAUGAUGCAAUAAUGCUCGACAAAGAUGGUUACGUGUCUGAAACUAAUGCGACAAAUAUAUUUCUGGUGAAGAAAGGCCAGGUGAUGGAACUUGUGGUGAAGGAAAAUUUUCUUUUGGCCGAGCGGCGUAUUAGUCUGUCAGAGUUCCACACAGCAGACGAGGUCUUCACAACGGGAACCAUGGGAGAGCUCAGUCCAGUUGUAAAAAUCGAUGGACGUGUUAUUGGUGAUGGUAGAGUGGGCCCCGUUACCCGACAAUUGCAAAAUGCUUAUAAAGAACUCACCGCAGGAUCAGGGGUGCCAAUACCAACCUACCAGCAAUCUUGA